CCGUGGCACCGCCAUCGCCGCGCCAGCCGUUGCGACACCACCGCGGCUGUAGAAGCCCUCGGACGCGGCCAAGCCCAGGGAAGGGGGCCGGGCUGGCAUUACCAUCUCCAUUACACCUGCGCCGCCCGACGAAUACUCCCGGAGGGACAGCAGAGCGAGCUGACAUCUAGCCAUGGCCAAAGACUUAAAGAACUUGGUGGGCGCGGGAAGCGCCCGGGAGCUGCAAGAGAAGCUGGAGAGCUGGCAGCAGAACUACGAGGGGAAUUCUCCUGAUGAAAAUCUGAGCCAAUGCCGUGAAAUAUUAGAACUGAACUCUGCAAUUCAAAAGCAGCUCUGCUCCAUUUUUAAUGAAACAUCUCAAGGAGAUGAAUGUGCAGCAAAAAUAAAAAGCUGUAUCUUGCCGAGUGUAUGCUGUGCUACUUCAGGAAGUGACAACCUUACUCAGGAUUCAGCUGAAGGAGAGCUACAGCUGAGAGAUUUGGCCUGCAAACCAAAAUGUGAACUGCAAGACCUGGAGGACAAACUAAGUGAAACCCGUGCACAGAUCAACCAGAUGGAACGAGAUCUGAAGUCUUCCCGUGCUGAACCCUGCAGCUUAAGGAGAUUACAGCAACUGGACGAGUACGAGCAGAAGAUUGAAAACUUGCGGGAUGAGAUUGCUAUGCUGGAUUGCAAAAAGUCUGUUAUCCAGAGCAGGCUUGCGCAGACCUGCUCUCCACCGCCCUGUGUCCGUCCUCCCAAGUGCCGCGCCCUUUGCGCGAGGCCCUGUUCACCUCCCCGGCUCAGGCGGGGCAGCGCUUCACACCGCGCCUGCCUCAUAGCUCGCUAUAACUUCAUUUAUGCGAAAGAACGCCUGGAGGCAGAGACUGCUUUGAGGCGAUACAUCUGUGACUUGGAGACGGUGCAGAGGAUAAUAUAUGUUGCAGCUGUGGAGUCUUUCCGUGCGGCAAAGAUGUCCUUCUGGAAGGUCAAAAUAAAUGUAAAAGACACUUUGUCUAUAUGUCACAGAGGGGGACCUUCAUCACUUGAAGUUGCUGUCCUGGAUUAUAUAGCUUGCCACAAGGAUCUGUAUGACGUUUGUACCAGUGUCCAUGAAGUAGUUUGCUCCCUGAACAGGAACCCAAAGCUUCCAUGUCCAGGAGAAGUUGAUUUCGUUGUGAUCAGCAAUUUGAUUCGAGAGUUGUGCUGUUUGGCUUAUUCAAUGCAGACACUCAUUCCUCCUCUUGAUAUUUCCUUUGGUAUUGAUGGAGAAUGCUUCAAUAGAAACAUGUACUAUCGUAGCUUUGACUCAGAUUUCACAGCUCCCUUUGUGGCCUAUCACGUCUGGCCUGCUCUGAUAGAAGAUGGCACUGUAAUUGUGAAGGGAGAGGUAGUCACUAAAAAAAUGGUUAUGUGUCCUCGCAGAUGCAGAAUUAGAAGCAGAAGCUGCAGCUGUGGCCGUCCUCUGCUGUGUGGUCAAGUGGCUCGAAGCCGCAGUCUUUCAACAGUGAGGGUCAAAAGGCGCUGCUAACUGAACAUCUUCCUGCAGUGCAACACAACUGGAUUCGACAAUUUUGCUCUUCAGAAAUACC